AGGUCUGUUUGCAAUCUCUCCGUCUGCACACACAGCACCAUAAAACUGGAGCUUCUCCUCUAACUGCAGAGACAAUCUCAAAAACCAGUUCCACAGCAGGAGGAGGAGGCGGAGUCUGAGGGCUGUUGUGUAACUCCAGCGAGUAUUUGAACCCUUUGAAGUUUGUCUUUAAAAGGAGCUGUGUGUCCUGAGGAGUGUGUCUUUGGAGGGUGUGUCACAUUGGAGCAUUGUCUUCUGUUACCUACGGACGAGGAAGGAGUCUGACUUGUUGCUGCAGCGUCUUCGGAAGAUAUGAUGAAGAAGAAGUUGAUCAUCGAUGUGGACACAGGUGUGGAUGAUGCUAUGGCUAUCAUGCUUGCGCUGGCAUGCUCUAACCUGGAGAUCCUGGGCAUCACCUGCGUUAACGGAAACACAGGUUUGGAAAACUCCUGCAAGAACACCCUGAGGGUCCUGAAGACCUGCGGCAGACUGGAUAUCCCGGUGCACAAAGGCUGCAGUGAGCCCAUACUGGGUGUUAAACGCCAAGCCUCAGACUUCCAUGGAAAGGACGGGCUUGGGGACGCACCAGAUCCAGAUGCUCCAGGCAUGGAUCAGCUGCAUAAGAGGAAGGCUGUGCAGGCCAUGGUCAGGCUUGUUAAAGACAACCCCGGGGAGGUGACUCUGGUUGCAACAGGUCCCCUCACUAACGUGGCGGCUGCGGCGAUAAUCGACCCACACUUCCCUAAGAAGCUGAAAUCUCUCCACAUCAUGGGAGGAAACACCGAGUCCAGAGGAAACACCACAUGCUGCGGAGAGUUCAACUUUGUGGCCGACCCUGAGGCUGCCUACGUCGUGCUGGACCGCUUCGUCUGCCCCAUCUACAUCAGCACCUGGGAGUUCAGCUGCAGGAACAGCCUGCCCUGGUCUUUCUGUGAUGAGUGGCUCUCUCAGAACACGGACAAGGCUCGCUUCUUGCAGAAGAUUUACCAACACACCAAGGAGAUGGCGCAGACUUCUCGGUAUCAGAAGGAGGUGGUGGAGGGUCCGGGGUUCAACACCUGCGACUGUUACACCAUGGCUGCGGCAAUCGACGAGUCUUUGGUGCUGGAGAGUGAAGAGGUUGCGGUGACGGUGGAGCUGGAGGGGAAGUACACCCGAGGCAUGAUGGUGCUCGACUACAUGGAGCUGCUGAAGAAGAAACACAAGGCCACCAUCCUAAAGAAGGUGGACCUGGAGAAGUUCAAGCAGAUGCUGAUGAAUUCUCUGAAAUAAUGAGACAGACAUGACGGUGUUGAUAGAUCUGAUGGAUGGAGUGGGUUUAUUUUUAGCUUCCAGUCGUUCCACUCUGAUGUGGUUUAUACUCGAUGACUCCACAGUUCGUCACAUUUCACAGGAAUGACAUUGCCUGCAUGACUUUUAUAUGAUGCUGACUCGUUUUGUUUAUCACAUGUAAUAAAGAGGAGAUGUUUUUUUAAUGAACAUUCGUGAAACUGAAUGUUUUUGUAACUCUUUAAGAAUCAAUGUUUAAACAUUGUUUGGCUGCAGGUAAUAAAAUAAAAUUGUAUAA